AUGAAUGGGCCCUGCGAGACUUCGAAAGUCAGUCUCGGGUCUUCUCUCGAGACGACCCGCAACACGAAUCCAACAGCCAUGAGUGUAGAUCUGACGACGAUUGAGAUCGCAGUGACUGUUGAGCAGCACACGAACGAGGACGUCGAUAGUCAGAUAGAGUCAGACAUCGAACGCGAGAGAAGUGAUGAGAAGACGGGACAGGAGAUGUGA